AUGGUCGCAGCGGCGCGGCUGCUGCAGCACAUCCGGCUGCUGACGCUGUCGCCGGCGGCGUUCGCGGCGGGCCCGGCGCGGUCGCCGCUGCUGCCGCCGCGCGACGCCUUCGCGCUGCUCAUGCGCGUCUCGCACCCCGCCACCGACACGCCGCUGCCGCCGGGGUACUCUGCCUCCAGGAGGAGGAGGAUCCCGCGCGGCGGCGAGUCGUGCUCGCACCGCGUGUCCAUCCCGGUGGCGUCGCUGCGCGCAGGCGCGCCGGGCGUGCGAUCCGUCGCCUUCUACACCCUCGACUAUCGCUGGCAGCUGGUGCUCAAGCGGUUCGUGCGGCUCGACAAGGACAAAAACAAAGUGGAGUACUUGAGCGUGGGCCUGGCGUGCACGGUGAUGUCCAUGCGUCGCGGCUGGUGGCUCAACGUGCGCGCGCAACUGAAGCUUGCGCGUGCGUGGAACCUUGAUCCUCUGCUGCGCGACCUCAGCAUUAAGAUUCGCCAGCCCGAGACCGACUACGGAGAAGUAACGAAUAUGUGUGAGAAGUUCAUAAGAUGGGAUAAGCUGGUGGAUCCGCAGCGCGGCUUCGUGGUCGAGGGUCACUUCACCCUCGAGGCCCAGCUGCAGCUCGAGGCGGCCGACGCAAUGAUUAAACGGGCAUUGGAGAAGCCAAAACAACCGCAUUCCGCAUUUAUGAUAUGGCUGAGUCAACGUCGGAAUCAGGUGAAGGGCGGCAGCUCUGAGCAACUCAAGGAGGCGGAGAUCGCUACGAAAGGCAGAGAAUUGUGGAGUUUCAUGUCCCGGGAUGACAAAUUUGAAGCCGCGAAAGCUUAUUACGAAGUUGCUUUGAAUCGCGAUCGGCACACCGCCGUUGCUAGCUCCAGCAGUCCAGAGGAGCCAGAAAAGAAGAAAAAGGUACAGAAAGUCGUGCAAUCUAAUGACGAUAAUGAAGAUGAUGAGCCUGGAUAUUGUUCAUCAUGUAGCGAGUCUUCUUAAAUAAUGACAGAAUUUCUUCUUUUACUUUGCUGGCCUCGCGCGAAUUAAUUUAAAAAUUUAGUUGACAAGAGACCUGUCAUAAGGGGGUUAUCGCACUUAUCGGGAACGACUUGAACCGCUCAGUCAAAGCUACUGUUGGGUGAUUUUCCGAAAAAUUCCAAAUAGUGGAAAUUCUUCCGAAAAUGUUCCCGAGAAAUUGGAAAAAUUUGAAAAAUAUAAUGUCGAAAGCUCAAAAUAUUAUGUUCUACGUUUAACAUCUUUUGAAGUUUUGUUUAGCGUGAAUUAUAAAAUAAACUUCUAUAGCCAAAAGCCACAUAAAGAAAAACGAGAUUUAAAAUGAUUUCACAACAGCGAAAAAUAUUUUUUAAAUGGCUCCAUCGUCAUUGUUCAGUAACUUGACAAGUGUUAACGUCAAAUGUGGAAAAAUAAAGGAAUAAUAUCUAUUAUUCUGAAAAAUAGAUUUUUUCAAAAUGGAAAUUUUCAUGACCUAACGUAAGGACGUUGUCGACAAGAGAUGAUGCGGCUCCACUUAGGUGAAACACACUUUUCUUGUCUUUCGCUUUUAAUAAAUCUUUUUUUGCUCAAGCCAAUUAUGCGUCGAUAAGUGUGAUAAUUCCUUAAAAUACCAAAGCCUAGAGUGCUCCAUUCUCGUAAUUCCAGCUGCUCUCGAAAAUACCAAUUCUAAAAUCACCGUUGAUUGCUUUGUAGUUUGUUUUGAGAAUGUCCUUUUUAGGAUUAGUUCUUUGCCGAACGAGGUAUUUCCAAAAUAAGGCGUUUUGAAAAUGGGACAUUAGGCGUUUUGGUUCUUUUUUCAGAGAGAGGCGUUUUGCGCAAAAGAAUGCUUUUGACAACCACACUAAUAACCUGGUCUCAAAGGAAUUCUCUGUACUUUUACUAAAGAAUUACCCGAAACACUCGGAGAAGCAAUAAAAAAAAUCAUUUCCCAAAUUGGUCUCAUCGAUAAGCA